UUUGUUCGAUAGCGUACAUGGCAACAAUAGGAAAAUGUGUUUAGUUUUCUUGGCAGUAUAUUUUCUCUCAAUAAUUUCAGAUACAGUUGCUGAAUAUUGCUCGGCCAGCUCUAACCUUUUCUAUUGUGAGUAUGGCUGCUGUGGAAAUUCCUGCUGCCCAAAUGAGGUAGCUAUUGGUGUGGGGACGACGUUUGGUGGGAUCGUCCUGUUGAUAAUCGCCGGAGGAGUGUUUAUCUGCUGUAUACAGCGGAGAUACAGCCCAAAAGAGGAGGUCAAGUUCACCAAGGACGCACAGACGCAGUGGGAAAAAGCACCAACUGGUGUAGAUAUGAAGUCUACAGUUGACCAAAGUACCAGAAGACGUCGGUCUACCAUAGCACCACUCCCACCACCGACAUUUGCUUUAAGACAACAAACCAAAAUAGAAGAAGCUGAAGAAAAGCCAGAAACUACGGAAGACAAUCAAGAGAAUCAACCAAUCGACAACCCGGUGUGAUGACGUAUCUUAUCACGUGAUAUCAGUGCCAUAUAAAUACCAGUAUCUAGUGCCAAAACAUACUGAAUUCUACUACAGGCAUCUGACUUAUGGAUAGUGAAAUACAUUCCCCACUCCCCGCAGCUCCUGAGAAUACAUGAAUCCUUUGUUUGUCAAUCUGUUUUUUAUAUCUGAUAUAAUUUUAGAGAUUUAUCAGUUUUAGAGAUUUGUCAAUUACAGCAUAUACUUAGAUAACAGUACUAAACUUAAGAAAAGUGGGAAAUGAUAUCAGAUUUCGAAAUAGGAAUGAUACACUAGGAAAUUGUGUAUUUUGGAGUCUAAAAUUUUUUUUAAGAAGCUGGGGGAGGGGGUUACACCAUCUAUUCUUCAGGUGCCUGUGAAUUUUAUGUGUCAAAAAGCUUUAUAAUGCAUAAUAUGUAUGCCAUGUUUGAGUGACUGUUUUCAUUGUGUAUGAUAAGUGAAUGUGGAAAUUGUUGCAAGAAAUCGUGACUAUAUUUAAAACAGAACUAUUGACUGAUAUUAUUUCGCCUGAAUUUUGAAUAACUGGUAGAUUUUAUGUUUUAAUGCAUAUUAAUUCAAUAGUUUUUUUUACCCACGCUUAUUUUCAUCUAGUA